AAGAAGCUCAAGUAAAACCUAUUGAUGGUAGUCCAAACACCCCGAGUAAACACAACAAGGAAAUUAAGGCACCAAUGAUUGGAAUGAAAUUUGAUUGUGAUGAUAGUGCAUAUGAGUUUUACAAACAGUAUGCUCAUAGAAUUGGCUUCAGUGUAAGGAAACAGUAUGUUAAGCGUGGAAGUGCUAGACAUGUUAAGAGAAGAACAUUUUGUUGUUCAAAAGAAGGUGAACGAGCUAUUGACAAACGUCGUGAACAGGUAUCUUUUCAUCACCCAAUUUCAUGAAUUGGUUGUUUAGCACAAAUUACUUGUCAACUUCAAAAAGAUGGUAUGUUAGAAGUUGUUUCUUUUCACGAACAACAUAAUCAUGAGCUUGCCCCUUCUCCAAUGAAACACAUGUUAAGAUCAAAUAGGAAAAUUACACCUGCCCAACAAGCUUUUGCGGAUGAUGCAGAAAAAUCUGGAGUAUCAAUAAAACAAACCAUAGAUUUGUUGAGCAUACAAGUUGGUGGUUAUGAAAAUCUUGGGGUUUUGAAUGUUGACUAUAAAAAUCAUGUAAAUUACAAGAGGAGAGAGGCUUUAAAGAGAGGAGAUGGUCGUGCUAUGAUGGAUCACUUUAGAAAAAUGCAAUUAGAAGAUCCAUCUUAUUUUUAUUCUAUACAACUUGAUGAUGAUAAUCAAAUUUUGAAUAUUUUUUGGGCUGAUUCUAUAUCUAUAGUUGAUUAUGGACACUUUGGGGAUGUUAUAUGUUUUGACACCACUUAUCGAACAAAUUCAUAUGGUCAACCCUUUGCUCCAUUUAUUGGGGUUAAUCAUCAUAAACAAUCAAUUGUCUUUGGUGCAGCUUUACUUUAUGAUGAAACUAUAAUGCCUUUCAAGUGGUUGUUUGAAACUCUUUUGAGUGCAAUGUCGGGGAAACAACCAAAAACUAUAUUUAGAGAUCAAUCUGCUGCAAUGGCUAAUGCAAUAGAAGAUGUGUUUCCUGAAUCAAAUCACCGUCUAUGUGUGUGGCAUAUUUAUCAGAAUGCUGCUAAGUGCCUACAUCAUAUAUUUAAUUCAUCAAGCCAAUUUCGAAAUGAUUUUAGUAAUUGUGUGUAUGAUUUUGAAGAUGAAAAUGAAUGGAUAGUUGCUUGGAAUUACAUGCUUGAGACAUAUGAUCUAACUGAUAAUCCAUGGUUGCGUGAAAUGUUUGAUGUGAAAGAGAAAUGGUGUAUGGUAUACGGUCGACAUAUGUUCACUGCUGAUAUGAAAAGCACUCAACGUAGUGAGUCAAUGAAUAGUGUGUUGAAGAAAUACUUGAAGCCAAAACAUGGUCUUUUGCAAUUUUUUGGACAUUACUCUAGAGUAUUGUCUGAUAAGCGAAGCCAAGAACUACAAGUAGAGUUCAAAAUGAGACAAACAACACCAGUUUUACUAUUUGAUUUUGAGAUGGUGAGACAUGCUGCAAAGGUGUACACUCCAGAAAUAUUCAAAAUGUUUCAAGAUGAAUAUGUGAAGAUUGUGGAUUGUACUAUUUACAAGGCUAGUAAAUUUGAUUCUAUCACAGAAUACAAAGUGAAAUAUCAAAACAAAACUCAAGAGCACUUAGUCAAAUAUGAAGCCUCAACAACGACAGUCCAAUGCAGUUGCAUGAAGUUUAGCUUUGUGGGAAUUCUAUGUUCCCAUGCUUUGAAAGUUCUUGACAAGAAAAAUGUUAAGAGAAUUCCAGCCCAUUAUGUAUUGAAAAGAUGGACACAAGAUGCAAAUGUUGGUUCUAUUAAGGACUGUUGAGGCAUUGAUGUUAAAGGAUUUGCAAGAAAUGAGAAUUAAAUGUUGUUUGUCCUCUAUGGAGGGUGAGGUCCAUGGUGAAGUUGUUCCCGAGAAUGUUUUACAAAGUGACGGUGGAUUUGAGUCACAUGUGGACAUUUCUCAAGGCAUAUGUGGGAUCAAAACAAAACCUACUGUAGGUCGUCCAAGAGGAAGGUUGAAAAGUUCAUUAGAAAGGACAAAAAAAAAAUCUCAAAGUAAGAAGGAUCAACCCAAAAAGACUAGUGGAGCAAGACAAGUUCAAUCACGUGGUGGCCAAAAUAGAGUCGAUUCCUCAGUUAAUAUUAAUUCUCACAAAGAACAUAGUAAUGUUGAACAACCAUCACAAUUAGUAGAUAACAUAACUCAGGAAUCUUUCAGUUGUAGUAAUUUGGUUGGACAAGACAAUGUUGUUGGGUUAAAUGGUUUGAAUCAGGAAUCUUUUGAUUGUGAAUUUUUAGUUGGACAAGAUCAUGUUGGGUUAUAUGGCUUGAAUCAGGUUUUAGUAGAUCCUGAUAUUGACAACUUUUGAAAAACAUCAUAUUGGCUGUUUUCCUUGUGUUUUGCACAGUUUUGGACAAUAUAUUGGCUGUUAUAUAACAUCUAGUGGACAGAAGUUUGACAAUAUUUUUUGGACAGCACAUCUGACUUUGACAGAUUUUUGGAAAGCAUAUCUGACAAUUUGGAUAGAUUUUGUGGACAGCAAAAUUUGGACAGAUUUUUUGGACAUCACAAUUUGGACAUAUGUGAUGGGAAAGUUCAUUUUUAUAUAUUUGUAUCUAUGUAUUUGCAUAUUUGAACAAGGCAGCUUUAAAUGAAUGCAAUAGAAUGAUAU